AUGUCUUCCGGGACUCCGAGCAGCAGCAGCACUGCUGGUUUGGGACAAAGUCCGCACUCCCUCCCCAGCGGCAAAGGCACCACCACUCCCCCGAAAGUGACCCAGCAUGAUGCGACCGUUGAACUUAAAGACAUGAAACCGGAACGCGCUGGUGUCAAGGGCUCAAUCCCCAUUGGGGAGGAUGUCAUGCAGAUUGCCCGUAUAGGAGAGAUCGCAGUUAUGCAGAAAAUGUUUGAUGAGAAGAAGUCUCACCCCAACUAUAAGGACGAAGAAGGAAUCACCCCGUUACAUUGGGCCGCCAUCAACAACCAAUAUGCCAUGUGCAAGUUCCUACUCGACUCUGGCGCCGACGUCAAUGCGAAGGGAGGCGAAUCUGUCGCUACACCCGCGAUGUGGGCAGCUCAACGCUGCCACUAUUAUAUUGUGCAUCUUUUGCUUCAGCACGGCGCGGACCCUCUUCUUACCGACGUCCAAGGCUACAACAUCCUACACCUAGCUACUAUCGACGGAAAUGCCUUUCUGCUUGUGCUUUUACUUCACCAGGAGAUCCCGGUGGACGUUCCCGAUCAACAAGGUCAUACAGGGCUGAUGUGGGCGGCAUAUAAGGGAUUCCCCGCCUGCGUGGACCUAUUCCUGCGCUGGGGCGCUAAUGCCAAUGCCGUUGACGACAGCGGCUUAACUCCCUUACACUGGGCUCUGGUCAAGGGAUCGUUGCCUUGCGUUCAGAAGCUCAUUGAAUAUGGCGCUGAUAGGUUCGCGAAGACCAGGGAUGGUAAGACCCCAGCGACGGUAGCGGGCGAAAUGAAUACCACGCGUGUGUGGUAUCGUGCUCUGGACGAGUGUGGCUAUGACUUCGAUGGGAACACGAAGGUUCUUCCCUUCGGAUUGACGCCUUGGGUGCGGAACAAGAGCACCAUGUCUAAGUUCUUCUUCUUGUGGCCUUUCUUGAUGAUUUUCGUAGCCGUCUGGGUUCUCAGUAACUUGGUUGUGUUCGCUGCUAUCCCUAUUAUGAUCGCAACAGCUUAUGGACUUCAAUGGUUGGCCCAGAAAGUGGCCAGUCAAAGCAUUUCAGAGUAUAGGAUACUGCAAAAGACGCCUUACCUAUCGGGCGUUUUUGCAGGCUCUUUGUUCUGGGUUGGUGUGAGAUACAUCUUCUACGUGCUGCCAGCCACAUAUACCACAAAUCCCAUAUCGAAUAUCUGUUUUGCUCUGUUCUUCUCAGCGACAACAUAUUUCUAUUUCACCGCGAUGAUUGAAGAUCCUGGGUUUGUCCCCAAACUUGGCAGCAGAAACCAGCAGCGAACAGUUAUUGCGGAACUUUUUGAGCAGUGGAAAUUCGACGAAGAGAACUUCUGCGUUGCGUGCAUGAUUCGAAAGCCUUUACGGAGCAAGCAUUGCAAGCGCUGCGGGCGCUGCGUUGCAAAACAUGACCACCACUGCCCGUGGAUUGAUAACUGCGUAGGCGCCAACAAUCUGCGCCAUUUUGUAUUAUACAUCACGUGUCUUGAAGCGGGUAUAAUUCUUUUCGUGCAGCUGACAUACUCCUACAUCAAUGUCUUGCCAGCACCCGUCAAUCCUACCUGUAAUGUCAUUAACGAUGCGCUAUGUGAUUUUGUACUUCGUGAUACAUUCACCCUCGUCCUUGAUGUGUGGGUCAUCAUUCAGCUGGUCUGGGUCACUAUGCUCUGUGCUGUUCAGCUUGUCCAAAUUUCGCGGAAUCAGACGACAUACGAAAACAUGAGGGGCCAUUCGAUUGACAGAAGCUACCCAAGCUCUCGUGCUUUUGCUUCGGCUCUGGCUGCAGGAACUACCUCACUCGAUGCUGCUGGCCUUUCCUCUGCUGGCCAGGGACCGAAUCCAGCUCUUGCCCAUGGCCACCGGCACCGGAGGGGCGGUUGUCUGAAGCAGUGGACUUCCCUUCUCGGCAUUGAUGCCUUCUUUGCGACAGCAAGGGAUGGGUUGCGAGAUGGUCCACGUGCUUCUCGGGCGAAGAAUCCCUUCUCUCGAGGUGUAGUCACCAACUGCCGGGACUUCUGGUGCGAUCCGGCUCCAUACUUUGGACAGCGGGAGGCGGGAUCUGGCAUGCUCGGUGGUGAAGCAAUCAACUACAACCAGAUGUACGAGAUGCCGUCACGUAUGCACAGCGGCGGAAGAUAUCGGAGCCUGGCAGACGAGGACCCGGAACGGAAUGCAUAG